AUGGCAAGAGGUCUGUUCCAGGUGUACCAGGACGUUCCGGCUCCCACUCCGGCCGCGUCGACGUCAGCACUCCCCUCGAGGAGCGCCUCCUCGUCAGCAGCAGCCGCAAUCGCUCAACGCAAGCGAGUGCACCAUGACCCAGCAUCGUCCUCGACCCUGUCAAAGUCAUCUCACCCGCCCAAUUCAGCUUUCCUGAUCAAGUGUGGCGAGAAUGGGUCGGCUGCCAUGGUUCAUCGACCCGGAAAGGAGAAUGUCCAUCCUCACGCGGUCAAGUCGAGGCUCGGCGCAGGCAAGAAGCUCGCCGUGCUCGAGUCGAAACCGACGACGACCACAACAGCCGCUUUUUCGUCGAAAGGGUCUCUCAAGGUGUUCCGGGAUGCACCCACCACCGUCAAAGCUUUCCCCCAACCGUCACUCAAUGGGGAAUGCACAGGCACGUUGAGGACUCGGGUCAUCCCUGGCUUCUCGUCCACCGACGACGAGCAAGACUCGUCCACGCCACCCGUCGUCAGGAAGAGCUCGGCAGCUCAAAGAUCAAAACCAUCAAAAGUUGGCAACAAUCGACCUGUGCGCUUCGACGACGCCCGAUCACAACGAAUCAAUUCCGACAGCGGUUUCGUCGAGCACAGUCCAGCGCACGAUUCGGGAUACGCACCUAGCCCAACCUCAGAAAGCGAGGUCGACGGUAGAUCCAAGCAUUCACGUGAGAUCAGUGAUUCUGACCGAAGAGCCAGAGCUUUGACCGAGUCGCCGCUGGCCGAGGUAAGCUCCUUGCUCCUUCCACAUCGGUCGCAGUAUCGCCGAUCGAGCUGACACCUCGCUCCUUCCGCGCUCUCGACAGGUCACGGAGGCGUUCACUGGACUUGGACGUUUCACGAAUCGCGCCUUUGCCGACCGACCUGCCUCCCCGUCGCCGCUAUCGACCACGUUCGGCAAUGCGCGGCCAAUCCGCUCUCGGCUAUCUCCUAUCAAGAAGGGCGCGCAGGCGACAAAACCAUACGAUGUGGCGACGUCGACCUCGCUUCUUCCUACGAAGAGUAACACCAAGUCUCGCUUCGACUCCGGUGGUUCGGAUGAGUUGAGCCGCGGUGUCCGCUCGAUGCGUGUCUGA